GUGAUGUGAUGUGAUGUGAUGUGAUGUGUAAGAUUUGAUCUGUCGGUCUAUCAUCUAUAUAUAUAUAUAUGAGCAUAAUGUACGUAUGUAUGUAUGUAUAGGUUCAGAGAUACGAUAUGAUGUGAACGGAACGAAAGGGAAUGAUAAUACAUAGGUGAUACAUAGCAGUGAGCGCAAGCAAAUUAAUUCGUCGCGGAUUCUGGAAAGGUUUUUAUUUAUUUAUAUCCUCAUCGCGGUUUGAUGCGCAGUCUUUGAUGAGGAGAUUUAAAUCUCGGGUACUUUCCACGUGGUGGUUGAUUCGAUAUUGAACGAUCAUUGGUAAUUCCAGCACCGCAUUCUUUUGAUCACUACAAAAACAUGGGUAUACUAUCUUCCAAGAAUCAAUUUCCAGUUGAUGGCAAGACCAUCCUCAUCACCGGCGGCUCGCGCGGCAUGGGCCAAGAAGUCGGCCAUCAACUCUCCCAAAAAGGCGCCAACAUCGUGAUCGUGGCGCGCGAUGCUCAAAAACUGCAACAGGCAAUCUCCUACAUCCAACUCGGGGCCGCCAAUCCCGAAACCCAGCGUUUCCACCACAUCAGCGCGGAUUUGUGCUCCGCGACCGAGUGCGCACGUGUGAUUGACGAGGUGGUGGCGUGGAAUGGGGCGCCCCCGGAUACAGUGUGGUGUUGUGCCGGGAGUGCGUAUCCGGCGCUGUUUGUCGACACGCCGGUGGAGCAGAUUGAGAAACAGAUGGCGAGUAAUUAUAUGACGAGUGCGUAUAUGGCGCAUGCGGUAUUGAGAAGUUGGCUCAAGCCGUUGGAAGAUUCAAAGACCCGUGAUGCCGCGUCUAGUAAAGCGGAGCGUAAGAGCAGUAUUCAGCCGCCUGCGCGCCAUCUCAUUUUCACAGCGUCGUUUGUGGCGCUUUAUAGUUUUGCGGGAUAUGCGCCGUAUAGUCCUUCCAAAGCGGCUCUGCGCUCUCUUUCCGAUUCACUUUCACAGGAAAUGAAUUUAUAUGCUGCGGCUUUUCCAGAGGCACCGCGGGUUCGUGUACAUACUAUUUUUCCAGCUACCAUUUUGACGGAGUCUUACGAGACGGAAAAUCUUACCAAGCAUGGUCUCACCUUGCAGCUCGAAGAAGGCGAUGACGGUCGAACACCACAUGUUAUAGCGGAAAGGAGUAUUAAGGGGCUAGAGGGAGGGGAGGAACUCGUCACGACGGAUAUACUCACGUGGUUAGUUAAAGGAGGUGUGCUUGGAGGUAGUGUGAGGGGUGGAUUUGGAAGAGUUAUUUUGAGUUGGAUGUUGGCUGGUUUGAUGGGCAUCGUAAUGGUAUUUGUUAGGGCGGAUAUGGAUCGGAAGGCUAGAGCUUGGGGAAGGAAAUUUGGGGUGGCUAGGAGUGCGACGAAAUGAUUUUUGGGUAUAGAUGUAAUCUCAUCAUGUUAUCAAAUGUUCUCAUGUGAACAGGAAAGCGUUUUAGAGUUGUGUAGGCCUGAGUGUGGUUAUCGACCAUGAUGCAAUUUUCCACAUUCAUUUCCCAUUUUGUCCUUACAUGUUGCCCUAGAAUCCAUGAUGUUUCCA